GCCAGUGUGUCAGGAUUUUAUUGGACUUUUUUUUAUGAAAAUGAUCUUUGCCGAGUAUCUGGUUUUAUCUUCCUUAGUGCUAGGAGUGCAGUUAUUUCUGUACCAGACUCAGCGGAUCCAGUUUGUUGAAGUUAGUGACACUGCAAAGAUCCACUGUUCUGCCAAAGAAAAACUGGAAGGAAGUAGAAUGUUUUGGUAUUUGAGAAGAGAAGGUGAGAAACCCACCUGCAUUAAGCGCUGUUCGGAUGAUCAAAAUGUAAGUAAAUUUACUUGCAAACACAAGACACACAGCUCGACUCUGGAAAUCAGCAAUGUCCAAAAGACUGACUCUGGCAUUUACUACUGUGCAUAUAUAGACAGCAGCUACCUGCUUUUUGGGAAUGGAUCCGCACUGAUUGUUGGAGACAGUUAUACCAGCAGCAGCUGGGUGAUGCUUCUGGUCCCAUUUCCACAUGACAGUCAAGUCACUGAGACAGCGAAUCUGGCCUGUGUGAUCCAUGGAGUGUCCGGCCCAGUCCAUGUUUCCUGGAGUGUUUCUGGGGAGCUGCAGGAACAGGGGCUGAUGCGCUCAUUGAAAGCAAAGGAUGGAUCUUUAACGCUCAUAAAUCACAUCAGCGUCCCCAUGGACACCUGGACCAGUAGGAAGAAUUUCACCUGUGAAGUCAAAUUCAACUCUUCUGGCACCAGUGUGAAGAAAAGUACCAGGUAUCCUGCAGCCCAUCCCAGCGGGUGUGUGCCGCAGACGGUGCACUAUGCAGUGGCCAUUUUCCUGGUGGUGUUGAUGGUGUCCCUGAGCCUGGCCUGGAGUCACUGCUGUUCUAAUCCAGUUAAUCAACACACUACAGUCCAUCCCAGGGUCAAACCGCUUAUGCCCAACUGGAGUUUGAUUCAAGGAAUCACAACCAGAGCAGGGAGCAGCGACCAGUGAAAGGGAAAAGGGGGAAAUCGCAGCCCACACGGGAUCCAAGCCUGGACACUCACAGCUGUUUCACUGCCGAUCUCAAUGACAGGACCAUCCUGUAAGGUGCUGACUUUCUGUACAAGCUGUUGGUUGGUUUUUACUGCUUCUUACUGCUCUUCACGGCUGCUGCAUGUGGCUCAGUUCCAAACUGUAACUGAAAAUUAACCCACUCGUCCAUCUAGCCUCAGCAGAGCAGGAAAUCACAAAAAGAACCAGACCCUUGAAGGUGGGAGAUUUCCUAGUGUGAUAUGAAAGACGUUGUCCUACAGGUAUCUUGGUGACAUAUUGGUGUGUUUCUGGACAAAUCCCACCCCUCUGUGGGUGCAGAGGGUCUCAGACCACAGGAGCGGUGCAGUGUCACUUCGUAAAGGGGGGCGGGAUUGCAGGAGCCUGCGUGUUACCUACGCACUCCCUGUGCGCCCCGGAGCUUG